GGAGGCUGACGGACGGACAGGGCCAGCCUACUGUCCGCCCGCCGCCCGCCGUGGCGUGAAGGAGUUCCCGUGUGCCCACGGUCACCACUGCCCCACCUGGGCUGCCGGAGCCUUCCCUCGGACCCCUGGUGCCCACUGUCCACCCUCAUCCGGCGUGAGAGCUGUCCUUCCGCUCCGCGGACGCCGCGGGCAUGGACUAUUCGUACGACGAGGACCUGGAUGAGCUGUGCCCCGUGUGCGGGGACAAGGUGUCCGGCUACCACUACGGGCUGCUCACAUGCGAGAGCUGCAAGGGCUUCUUCAAGCGCACGGUGCAGAACAACAAGCACUACACGUGCACCGAGAGCCAGAGCUGCAAGAUCGACAAGACGCAGCGCAAGCGCUGUCCCUUCUGCCGCUUCCAGAAGUGCCUGACGGUGGGGAUGCGCCUGGAAGCUGUGCGUGCUGACCGAAUGCGGGGUGGCCGGAACAAGUUUGGGCCCAUGUACAAACGAGACCGUGCCCUGAAGCAGCAGAAGAAGGCACAGAUUCGAGCCAAUGGCUUCAAGCUGGAAACAGGCCCCCCGAUGGGGGUGCCUCCCCCACCCCCUCCGCCGCCGGACUACAUGCUGCCCCCUAGCCUGCACGCGCCUGAGCCCAAGGGCCUGGCCUCUGGUCCACCUGCUGGGCCACUGGGCGACUUUGGGGCUCCAGCACUGCCCAUGGCCAUGCCCGGUGCCCACGGGCCACUGGCCGGCUACCUCUAUCCCACCUUCCCUGGCCGUGCCAUCAAGUCUGAGUACCCAGAGCCCUAUGCCAGUCCCCCGCAACCGGGGCCACCCUAUGGCUACCCAGAGCCCUUCUCCGGAGGGCCUGGUGUGCCCGAGCUCAUCCUACAGCUGCUGCAGCUGGAGCCAGAAGAGGACCAGGUGCGGGCCCGCAUUGUGGGCUGCCUGCAGGAACCGGCCAAAGGCCGCCCUGACCAGCCCGCACCCUUCAGCCUUCUGUGCAGGAUGGCUGACCAGACGUUCAUCUCCAUCGUGGACUGGGCACGCAGGUGCAUGGUCUUCAAGGAGCUGGAGGUGGCCGACCAGAUGACGCUGCUGCAGAACUGCUGGAGCGAGCUGCUGGUAUUCGACCACAUCUACCGCCAGAUCCAACACGGCAAGGAGGGCAGCAUCCUGCUGGUCACCGGGCAGGAGGUGGAGCUGAGCACGGUGGCCGCCCAGGCGGGGUCCCUGCUGCACAGCCUGGUCCUGCGGGCGCAGGAGCUGGUCCUGCAGCUGCACGCGCUGCAGCUCGACCGCCAGGAGUUCGUCUGCCUCAAAUUCCUCAUCCUCUUCAGCCUCGAUGUGAAGUUCCUGAAUAACCACAGCCUGGUGAAGGACGCUCAGGAGAAGGCCAACGCCGCCUUGCUCGAUUACACCCUGUGCCACUACCCGCACUGCGGGGACAAGUUCCAGCAGCUGCUGCUGUGCCUGGUGGAGGUGCGGGCGCUGAGCAUGCAGGCCAAGGAGUACCUGUACCACAAGCACCUGGGCAACGAGAUGCCGCGUAACAACCUGCUCAUCGAGAUGCUGCAGGCCAAGCAGACCUGAGCCUGGGCUGGGCGGGGCCGGGCAGGUGGGCGGGGCCGGGCAGGUGGGCGGGGCCGCAGCCGCAGCCGCCCCCGCCCAAGGCCCUCCUGGGGACUGAGUUUUUUCUGCCUGCCCAAGAGCCCCACCCUGCACGCCCCUGCCCCUGCGCUCUCGGCAGCCCCGUGUUUGGGAAGGUGGGUGAGGGGGGACAGGGUCUGGUGGAGGUAGGGUGGCCCCCGCUCGGAGGGCGCCCCCGGAGAAGGCGGCUGCUAACCACCCUCUCACCCUCCCCUUGCUCCCCUGUCUGUCCUGGAGUCUGGACGCAGAGAUCCGGGGAGGAGGCUCGGGACUCCCUGGUGGGCCUCCAUGUCCCUUGGGUCCCAAGUUGUCCCUUUCUCCUCUCCGGGAAACAGAAGCAGAGGGACGUUGAGGGGGCACCAAAUGGAGGAGAAGAGAGGGUCUCCAGAACUCCCUCCCAGAGACCAGGAGGGCAGCCCUCUGUUCUGUCAGGGGUCACUGAGUUGGUGAAGUUGGUCAGGCACUGUGGGGCCUAGAGGACACUAGGGGGCGGGUUAGGACCAAGCCUCCCCAGCCCUUCCACCCCGUCUGACUCGUGCAGGGGGGAACUGUGACAUGCUAUCUGAAAAGAAUUUCUCCGCAGUCCGCUCUCUCUGUCCCUCUCCCACCGAAGGAGAAGUUUCUAUUCCUCUCUCGCCAGGGAGCUAGAACAUUCUAGCCCCACCCAUAGUUGGCCAGCCCAGGCUGGUAUGUGUCUGCAAAGGCUGUAGUCAAGAGGUUUGUGGGUUUGGGGGUUUCGUUUUUUAAUGUAGUAAUCUAGAUACUCUUGGAAAGGUGGGUAUGUAGUGGGGGGCGGGGCAGGGAACGGAUUUGAGGACCGAGGCGGGGACUUGAGGAUUACCCCCCAAGUACAGCCUAUGGUUUCUCUCCAAACACUGUGUGCCAAGGACCCCAUGGGUAGUGCUGGACCAUUGUUUUGGUCGGGAGAGGAGCUGUUGCUUGCCCCUCCUUCGAUGAACAGUAGGAUGGCCUGUCGGGUCUCAGAGUCUGUGUGUAUGGGAAUACGGGUGAACUUGAGGAGGGUGUAUGGGUCUCCAGACGGGGGACACUGCUGAUAAGCCCCUUCCGCAUUGGCCCCGUCCCAUUGGAUCCCUUGCUGCAAACCUUUGAAGCUGGGUCUCUGCUCCCUGGCCGCCUCCUGCCCUGUGUCCUGAAGGACACUCUCCAGGGCCAGGCGCUAGGGGAGGCCUUGGCUCUCCUUGGUCCCCGGGCUGGGUGUCCGCCGUCUUUCCUGCUUCCACGUCGCCAUUGCAGCUUGUGCUGAGCCUGCCCAGUUAGAGGUAACUGGGCAUCCAUGACCCCCUUGCCUCCCACCGCCCUGUCUCUGUCCCCGCCCCUGCCCACUGAAACAUGUGCCCCUGCCAAGGCCAGAGACCCACAGCCCCAGAAUGAGAAGUGCCCUUAAGAAUCUCCCCAGCCCUUGCAGCCCUGGAAUAAAUUUUGC